UGAAUAUAUGGCCAGAUAAUUUAAAUUAUGAACACGUUGAUAUUGCAAAGUGCUCGCUUGGUACAUAAGUAUAAGUAAUUGAAAUCAGGUCGUCGAUGUGCAGAGCCCUGUCAUCAAGGCACGGUCCAAGGACAAGCGCCAUUCCAGAGUCAUUGACACACAACUUCCUCGUGAGAGGAGAACACCGCCAAGUAUUGUGUUGUAUCAGAGAUGCCUGCAUCGCGUCCGUCGAAGUAACAAGGUGGUGUGCCGAACGCCUUUAUCACCCUCCCUCCGUCAGGAUCCAAACAGCCCUUAAGCCCCGAAAGGAGAGCCGCAAGGUUCCAUGAGAAGAGAUAGAUCAACUAUUACACGCUAGGCUUUCAUCAUCUAUUCAAAACUUGGAAGGAUGAAGAAAGAAAUUUAGACGCGGAGCUUCGGAGAUUUUUAUGUAGUGGGCCAUUUAACGCUAAUCCCUGUUGGUUGGGCGGAAGGAUUCUGCCACAUCUUGCAAUUAUUAUUCUGAAUCUACCAUCUUUCAGUCAAUGAUACGUUUUGGAUUAAUGUUAGGGAUUGGACUUGUAAAAAAUCUCUCAUUUCUUCUCAAUUGAACAGCUUUCCCUCGAACUUGAUAUCUAACACAAGUAUGAUCUUGAGUAGAGUGGGGCAGCUUCCUCCGCGCCUUUGCUCAAGCUAUAUCGGGAUCUCGAACUAUCUCCGCACCAGUAGAACAGGAUUGAGAGCAGGUAUCCAAGGUCGUACUUAUCCUCCAAGAUUGUUUCAUACAAGGUCCACCCUUUGUGAACAAAAUGACACUAUAGUGGAGCACCCGCAGUUCCUAGAACAAUACAAGCAAGCCGGUACAUAUACCUUGUAUCCUCGCAAUAUCCUAAUCUUCGAGCAACCUGAGAAGCUAAUGCGUUAGCUAUGCAGUUGAAUUCCCUGCUGCUACAUACGAUUUUGAGUCGUUUCUCUCCAGGGCUACCCCAGACGAAGAAGUGGUACUCCAUGGCUAUCUCGGGGUCCGUAAGGAUCUGUCCAAGAAGCUCGCCUUUGUGCGCUUGACAGAUCCAACAAUGAGGCAUAGCAUCCAGCUAGUCUCGCUCGCCAAGAACGGUGCAUUGGAGAAGCUGAAGUCUGUGAGAGCCAACAGCCCCGUUGCUGUCCGAGGAAAGGUUAAGGCGAAGCAGGCGAAAGGCUCCGAGAUGGAGAAAACCGAUCCCUGGGAAAUCCAGGUUGA